UGUGUCUGCCCCACAGGCUCCGGCUGCGCAGCGGGCUCAGGCCCAGAGCCCAGAGCAACCAGCACAAUAGCGUCCAACAGCUGGAAUGCCAGCAGCAGCCCCGGGGAGGCCCGGGAGGAUGGGCCCGAGGGCCUGGACAAGGGGCUGGACAACGACGCGGAGGGUGUGUGGAGCCCCGACAUCGAGCAGAGCUUCCAGGAGGCCCUGGCCAUCUACCCGCCCUGCGGCCGCCGCAAGAUCAUCCUGUCAGACGAGGGCAAGAUGUACGGUCGAAAUGAGUUGAUUGCGCGCUACAUCAAACUGAGGACGGGGAAGACGCGGACGAGAAAACAGGUCUCUAGCCACUUGCAGGUUCUAGCCAGGCGGAAAUCUCGAGAGAUUCAGUCCAAGCUGAAGGCCAUGAACCUGGACCAGGUCUCCAAGGACAAAGCCCUCCAGAGCAUGGCAUCCAUGUCAUCUGCCCAGAUUGUCUCCGCCAGCGUCCUACAGAACAAGUUCAGCCCACCCUCCCCUCUGCCCCAGGCCGUCUUCUCCACUUCCUCACGGUUCUGGAGCAGCCCCCCUCUCCUGGGACAGCAGCCUGGACCCUCUCAGGACAUCAAGCCCUUUGCACAACCAGCCUACCCCAUCCAGCCACCCCUGCCGCCAACGCUCAGCAGUUACGAGCCCCUGACCCCGCUCCCCCCAGCUGCUGCCUCUGUGCCCGUGUGGCAGGACCGCACCAUCGCUUCCUCCCGGCUGCGGCUCCUCGAGUAUUCUGCCUUCAUGGAGGUGCAGCGAGACCCCGACACGUACAGCAAACACCUAUUUGUGCACAUCGGCCAGACGAACCCUGCCUUUUCGGACCCGCCUCUGGAGGCCGUCGACGUGCGUCAGAUCUAUGACAAGUUCCCAGAGAAAAAAGGGGGACUGAAGGAACUCUAUGAGAAGGGGCCCCCUAAUGCCUUCUUCCUUGUCAAGUUCUGGGCCGACCUCAACAGCACCAUCCAGGAGGGCCCAGGAGCCUUCUACGGGGUCAGCUCCCAGUAUAGCUCGGCCGAUAGCAUGACCAUCAGCGUCUCCACCAAGGUGUGCUCCUUUGGCAAGCAAGUGGUGGAGAAGGUGGAGACGGAGUAUGCCAGGCUGGAGAACGGGCGCUUCGUGUACCGCAUCCACCGCUCCCCCAUGUGCGAGUACAUGAUCAAUUUCAUCCACAAGCUGAAGCACCUGCCGGAGAAGUACAUGAUGAACAGCGUCCUGGAGAACUUCACCAUCCUGCAGGUGGUCACGAGCCGGGACUCCCAGGAGACCCUGCUUGUCAUUGCUUUCGUCUUCGAAGUCUCCACCAGCGAGCACGGGGCCCAGCACCAUGUCUACAAACUCGUCAAAGACUAGGCUACCCUCUGCCCCCACCACCAGGAUCCAGGACGAGCGUCUGUUCCACACACCUGCCUGGCCCCCCCUGGAAGUCUGGGAUUGAGGACUCACCCGCCUGCCAGGCCUCAGGCCCAGGACCCAGGAGGCCUCCCCAUCUACCCCCAGCACACACACUCCCUGCCACUGUUCUGCGCUUUAAUUGUGGGAGAAGAGAGGAGGGCUCAGUGGUGGGGCUGCCCGCCCUAGAUGCUGAACCAUCGCCCAGCUCUGCCCAGCCUCCGGUGAAUGGGAGGACCCCUUUGGGCUCAGGCACGUGUGGCCGGCAGGGGAGGGUGGAACGGAGACCGAGGGAGUCAGAGUGCAGAGGCCCCAGGAAGGAGAGUGUCGAGUUGGAGUUAGGUUGAGAAGAGAGAGGGGCCCACACUUUCUUGCACCUGCUAUGUGCCGGGCCCGGUGCUAGGUCCUAUGUGUACCCAGUGCCGUUCUCAGACUGCGUGAGGCGAGCACGGGUCGUGGGUCUUGGCGUCUCAUGAUGUGCUGAGACUUGAAGUCGAGCGACCCUUGCAGGGUGGGGCAGAGUUGGAAUUCUCAUCCAGGGCUGCCUGUCCCCAGAGCCCAGGUUUACACUACCUCCCUGGAGGGGAUGGGAAAGAGGGUCUGUACUAGGGGCUGGGGCCAUCCACGUUGGGAGCCUCCUCCCAGGGGAGCAGCUGCUUCUGACCAGGCAGGAAGAGAGGAGCAGCAGGUACUUGGCACCUGUUAGGUGCCCUCUGUCAGCCCCUGUGCUGACCUCCUCCAACCUGCCCUGGCCCAGAUCCAGUGCCUGAGCCCGUCAGCAGCUUCCUGAUGGGAGAAGGCCCCCAGGGGCAGACUCCAAAAUAGCUUGGAGCGUCCUGUAGAAAGAUGGAGCCCCAGCCUCAGGGCAGACCAGUGUUCCAGGGACAAGGGGUAGCAGAAAGGCUUUGCUAUUUUUUAAUGCCCAAGACUUGGGUUUGGUCAACCCUUGGUGGGCGCCACUCCCUUGUUUUUCUCCAUCUCAGUCUCCCAGGACUGGGACAGCAGCUUCCCAGAAUCAGUUCUGGGACUGAAGGUUAACCCUUCCCCUGCUGGCCCUUCCCAACACCCAGGCCCCUCUGCCAGCUUGGCCUGUCUACCAGCCGCCUCUGGGCAUUCACGAGUUUCAUAUGAAGUACUGUGCCCCUUCCCUCCCUUACACCACCCGCCCCUGAGCUUCCUGAAGGUCCUCACAAUUUGCAUAUCGCUCAGGCCACUUCCAAACCCAACCUAGGUUUUAUAAUGUAUAUUAUAUUUUUUGUGUAUUUUUUAAAUCCAGCUGUGAUGGGUUAUAUCAUAAACGUGGCGUGGGGCUGGGGUAGGGGCCCUCAAGGCCCAGCUCCUGCUC